AAAGCACUCUGACAGUUGCCCGUGAAUCCACUGACAAAAAGCUCUCUAUUCCCUCACCCCCAAAAGUGGCAGAAGCCUACUCGAAAACCCAUCUUCCCCUUGUCUGCCUUGUGUUCUGCCAUACUCUUUCUGUUAUAUUUUCUUUUCUUGUCACGAAAUGAACGGCCCUGAUUAACUGGGUAUUUCAAGCUUUCUUAUGAUUUAUCUCUGCCAUUAUCCGUCCUUCCUUUUCUUCCUCACUUGCCAAGUUAUCAUCUAAGUUCCGAACACCCUUUCACUUCCGUAGUGGAAAAAAUAACAAAUGGGUACUAUUAAAUUGUUUGUAUCUUCACUUCUUCUGUUAGUUGUUGUUGUUGUUGAUAGGCUUUUACCGAGAGCAGAAUCCAAGACGUACUGGGGAGAUACAGAAGUGUUGAAACAACUGAAAAAUGGAGUCGACACGAACUCGGUUAGUCCAGGUUCUUGCUUGAGUUCCUGGAACUUUACAGUAGACCCAUGUGACAGCCUCUUCAGUGAACGAUUCACCUGUGGUUUCAGGUGCGACCUUACGGUUUCCGGGUUGAGUCGUGUCACGGAAGUUGGUCUUGACUCGGCUGGUUAUGCUGGUGUUCUCUCUUCCGUUUCCUGGAAUCUCCCUUACUUGCAAACGCUUGACCUCUCAAACAAUUUCUUCUCCGGGUGGAUUCCAGGGUCAAUCGCCAACAUGACUCAGUUAACUCGACUUGGUCUUUCAAGCAAUACAUUCUCCGGUGAAAUACCUGCCUCGAUUGGGUUGUUGCGUAGCCUUGAAGAACUGUACCUCGAUAACAACAACCUGCAAGGCCCAAUUCCUGCGAGUUUCAAUGGUCUUGUUAGCUUGAAAAGGCUUGAAAUGCAUUCAAACCACCUAUCUGGUGAGUUACCCGACCUGGGUUCACUCAAAAACUUGUAUUUUCUUGAUGCAAGUAACAAUGCCAUUUCUGGGUAUCUCCCUACAACGCUGCCACCAUCCUUGGUCCAAAUCUCGAUGAGAAACAACAUGAUUGAACGCACAAUCCCUCAAAGUCUUCAAUAUUUGAGCUUUUUGCAAGUAUUAGACCUGAGUCACAACAAACUCACCGGCUCAGUCCCUUACUUCCUCUUUAACCAUCCAUCUCUCCAACAACUCAAUCUAGCAUUCAACUCUUUUACAUCUGUACAAUCUCCCUCUAAUGUAGGCACCCAAAGUGAGCUCAUUGCCGUCGAUUUGAGCAAUAACGAGCUCGAAGGCUGGUUACCUCCCUUCUUGCCAUUAAUGCCAAAGCUGUCAGCUUUAUCCCUAGAAAACAACGAGUUCUCGGGCAUGAUCCCGGUCCAGUACGCAUUGAAAACGGUUCUGCCUGGAUCCGGCAUAGCCCCGUUUGCAAGGCUUUUGCUUGGAGGGAACUACUUGUUCGGACCACUUCCAGGGCCCUUGCUGGUACUCAAACCAGAUACUGCAAAUGUCAGCCUUGCUGACAACUGCUUGAUUAGGUGUCCACUGCGUUUCUUUUUUUGCCAAGGUGCUAACCAGAAAUCUUUAAUGGAAUGUAAGAGAUUUAGCCCUGCAAUCCCUUGAUUUAUGUAAUUAAUUCCAGCAAUGCUUUUUAGUUGAAACAUUGAUGUGUUUCUUCCUUGUCUCCUCUUUCUCGAACUUUCUGGUUGGGCUGUUAGUUUCGGUUUGUUAGUGCGAAAUCGAAAGAUCUUUCACUUAAUAGACACAGUAAUCAUGGCAAAAU